CAAGUGACUACAAGCAGGAAGUCGCAUGCUGUUUGUUUUCAUAUCGGACAGGUGCAAAUCAACAACAAACAUUUUUUUUUUAAUCACAGGUGUGUGAAGUAAUAACAUCGAUCUGGUGGACAACAUGAUCAACUUUUAAACGCGAUAGGCCUAUUGGAAUCAAGGUUUGAUUUCGAUUUAACGAAUCGACUGUUGUAAGCUAUUCAAAGUGGGUGAAUAUUUUAGAAAUGAUAUCAUUUCGCUCCUGUCCGAGAAUGGCCGGGGGAGUUAUCGCGAUCAGCUGUUUUGUUUAAAGGAGAUCAUCGUCAAGUGUUCAAGUGUUGCACCGAUAUGUUCUUGGUCCUGUAACUGUGGCUCCUGUUCGAGAGAAUAGCACCAUAAAACACUCGAAAUGUCCUGGAAUCCUACGCACGUUCAAUUAACAGUACUGCGGGGACGGAAUCUGUUAACAAAAGGCAAGGGAGGGAUGAAACUGACAGAUGUCUUUGUUUCAAUCGUACUGGGCAAGGAAAAGUUCCAAACGUCGACCAUCAAAAACGCUCUUAACCCAGAAUGGUUUGAGCAGUGUGAUUUAUCCAUAUCAGGCAUGGACCAGGAUAUCACGGUUACUGUGAUGCAUCGUGGGCUACUGUCGGAUGAUUUCAUUGGUUACGCUGCCAUUCCACUCUCAGAUUUCAAAGUGUUUGACCGACCAAAAAGUCAAUGGGUUAAACUGCGAGGUAAGCCCCACAAACCUCCGGACAGCAAGAAUCGAGGAGAACUAGAGGUCAAGCUGACUUUUCAAGUUAAGAACAAAGCCCAGGAAGAAGCUGGGGCGACGCUUAAAAAGUUGUCGUCUAAUUCCUUAAAAUCAAUAGCUUCAGCUGUUGGUUUGAAAGUUGGUGAAAAAUUCAAAAGAAGCCGUUCCUUUCGUGAAUCUCAAAAUUCUUUGCAACAGACAUCUGACAAGAGAAGAAACAGCUCCGCAUUUACUUCUGAAGGGGGACGCAUACAUGCUAAUAAUCUUCCAUCUUCCGUAACUAUCGAUGGCUCUACGAACCUCAAGGGGGCAGCACGGUCUGCCUCUGUUGACGGCGCUAACUUCCCAGCAGUAGAUAUUCCCCCACCACAGUGGGAUGAUUUAUCUGUGGCAGAGAACAUUAUGCACCGAAGUCGUAGCAUGGUCCUGGACCGCCAGCGUGAACAGGAUCAAAGUCCAGCUGAAGUAGAUAUCGGCAGCAGUAGAUACAACCGACCAGGAAAUCGCCAAUCCUUGCCUCCGUCUUACUGGGGCACACAGACUUUGCCCCACCCCCGGGGCAAGCGCUAUUCCAUGGACAAUGAAAGCGGUGUUGCUGUGGUUACAAAAUCUGCAGACGACCUUGAUACCCCCGUAUCCUCGCAGCCAGGAUACUUAGAAUCCAUGUUCCGCAAAGAGCGCGAGGUCUACAAAAGUAUGCAAAAAGACAAAAGUGAUUCCUCGGAUGAUGAGGCAGUAACUAAAAACAGACGAUCAAACCGUAAAAGUGCUAAAGAAUACAUUUCCGAUGAGAGACAUUCGUCAGAUUCAGAUUCAGAGGGAGGUGCAAAGGAAAUUGCACUUCCUCUUGUAAAGAGGAAGUCGGAAUCUAAAUCAAGGUCUGGAAUCAGGCCAAGAUCAGAUUCAAAGGAUAGUAAUUCUAGUCAUGUUAGUAAGUCAGACGUUUUGGUAGAGCCGCCACCUUUGAGCAGAAAUAACAGCAGUGAAGGAAAGACAUUGACGGAAACCUCUUUUCCAGAAUCCAGUACCGAUCCGGUAUAUCAUAAUGGUAAGGAUGACGAUGCUAGUUCAGGAUCAACUAUUGAACCUCAGGAAACGGCUGACAAUGAUUUAGUGAAUGGAGAAGAAGAGGAUUCGGGAAAAUCCGACCUGAAUCGGCGAAAAAUCACUCCCAAACAAUCGUUUUCAUUUGACAACUCUCCAGAGAAACCAGAUGGAGUAAGAAGGAGGGCAAAGAGAGACCGACUUCGCCAAUUAUACAAACAAGGAGGGCGAAGAUACACUGUGCAAGGACUACCUCGUCGUCAUAACGACGACUCAUUAGCUGACCUUCGGCCCCAAUUCUCACGAGGAUUCACCAUCAUACCAGAUGACCUCAUAGCCGUCUACAAGAAUAUGACAAAAGAGGAACUCAUUCACUUGGUAAUUACACACAAAGCCCAGCUGAUCCGGAAAGACCAGUACGUCAAAGAUAUGGAGGAUUACAUCGACAGUAUGCUUGUCCGCGUGAUGGAGACAAACCCCCGUCUUCUCCAGCAUAAAAAUCGGUUCAAGUAAUAUACGUCUAGUCCAAUCAAUUCACUCAGAUAAGUCAAACCCUGCCUAUACUGUAUGUAUAGCACUCGUAUAUAUGAGAAGUACACAGAUAGUUAUUCUGUAAAUAUAGUAACAUACAUGUACAGUAAAUGUUAUUUACAUACAGGAAAUAUAAGUGUUGUACAGUGAAUAUAUGUAAGUAGUUUACAGGAAAUAUGAGCAGUAUAUACCGUGUUACAUGGUUGAUAUAUUUGAUUUUUAAUUUUUGGGAGUUACUCCUCCUGGGUUUAUUAUUGGUAUCUGUGUUACCGAGGGGGAGGAGGGGUAAUUUUAUUUUGACACAAGUCAUUUGAAAUUUCCUUUCACAAGUUUUGACCUUUUGUGUAUCAAACAAAUUGUACAGAGCAUUGUUGUAUAAAAGGGUCAUGUUCUCUAGAUUAAUACACCAUAAAACAUCUGAUUGGGGAAAAACAGUAUGACCUUUUAAUCUUGAAUCUGUUCAUGCAAGGCAUCUGCUAAACAGGGUUAUCUGUCUUUGAUUAUUAAGCUAAAGUAUGAAUCCUCAUAAGUCAGAAAAAAAUAGAUCGCUUAUUACAUCAAAUGACAUAGUUCAUUCUGUUUCAAAUUCAGUUCAAAUGUUAAUGUAUGUUUCAGUGUUUGGCUUAGACCUGUAAAGUGAACACAGUUGAGGAAAUAUUUCAUCAAAUUUUAUGAAAGUCCCUCUGAAAUGAAAUUUCAAGAAAGAGGUGUUUGUUAUCAAGGACUGUAUUCUGCAGAAUAUAUAGUUUUUUUAAACAAAAUAUUAACAUACCUCUAUCUUUAUAACAAAGUGUCUGAUUGGAUGAUUUUGAUCACUUGACAGGGUAAUAAAACAUCAUGUUGCCCUCACACGUCCAAGUUUUCCUGAUCAUGUAUACCUUAUUCAGAGGCUCUCUAGAAAAGAGCUCUAGAACGAACAUCUAAAAGUUCCGAAGAACUAUAACAUACAACAAAAACAGAGUGGCAACCUGAUCACACUUAGUAAUGGUUUAGUGUUUUAUUUCGGCAUACUUAAAUAUAUUUAUUUCCCUUGUUUUAGGGAAACAUAAGUCUUUCUCUCAUUUCCCUGUGUGUAAGAUAGAGCUGUACAGGGUAAGAAAGGGGUGUAGGAAAUUUCUAUCUU